AUGGUGCACCGGCAGCAAUAUCGCACAAACCGAGACUCCUUCGCCCCAAUUCGGCAGAAUAUACCAGAAAGAAGAUUUGUAGAAGCAAUAAAUUGUCAAGCAUAUCAGUAUGAAAUGGGUGACUUUCCAACGGAAUGGGAAGCAUGGAUAAGAAAAAAAAGAAAUGAUCCACCCACCAUUGAGGAGAUUCUUCAGAAUGAAAAUUAUAGAGAAGAAAUGAAACAGAAAAUCAAAGAUGCAUCCGAAAAGGACAAGCUGCUUCAGGCCAAGGAAUACAAGGAAGGACUUGUUGCUGAACCAGUUCGCACUCAUGUUAAAGGCCACGCGUCAGCCCCUUACUAUGGAAAGAGCGAGCCGUCGCAGGACCCGACAAGCACUGCGAGUACCUUCCAGCCGGGCUCCUGGAUGCCGCCAGGCAGUGGCAGUAGUCAUAACAAAUAAACAAUUGUAAUGUACAGAUACUGCUAAUGGAUAAAUACUUUAAGAGACAACAUAAACAGCUGUUAUAUAUAAGUGAGCAUGCAAUAAAGUAAUAUUAAA